AGGAGGGAGGGAGGAGGCGGGAGGGAGAGAGAGGUAGAGGGUGUCUGUGCUGCGUGCAUGUGGUGCAGGCAGGAGAUGAGAACGCCAACAGAACAGGCAGGGGAAUCCCAUGUUCCCUUUAAGUAUGUUAGCCCUGUGGGGAGCUGAGCUCGCCAGCCCUCCUGGAGAGGAAGAGUAGACUGGGAGAAGGUAGACAAGGUCAGUCUAUAAGUGACACCCUCCUCGGUGAUGGUGAGGACAUCUGCUGCUCUCCAGUGCCGGCCGGGUGCCUCCUGGUCAGACUCGUCUCCUCCCAGACCCUUGAUUUUGCGAAAGGGACACACCUUUCUGCAGGAAGGAGGACUCUGGCCGGAUUGCGAGCGCCUCCGCCCUCCUCCUCACCCGGUGGAAGUGUGGCCUGUCUUCACCUUGAGGCUUUAGCACUGUAAGCCUGGAUUUCCGGCUGGUUUGCUGUAGGUGGCUGUGGAUGCCCAGGCAGACUGAUUCGGCAGGAGCAUUUGUGCAUGGAAGUUGGAGACCAUGGCCGUGCAGCUGGUGCCGGACUCUGCUCUCAGCCUGCUGAUGAUGACGGAGGGCCGUCGAUGUCAAGUCCAUCUUCUUGAUGACAGGAAGCUGGAACUCCUAGUACAGCCCAAGCUUCUGGCCAAGGAGCUGCUUGACCUCGUGGCGUCUCACUUCAACCUGAAGGAAAAGGAGUACUUCGGAAUCGCGUUCACCGACGAGACGGGACACUUAAACUGGCUGCAGCUAGAUCGAAGAGUGCUGGAGCACGACUUCCCGAAAAAGUCAGGGCCUGUGGUUCUGUACUUUUGCGUCAGGUUCUACAUUGAAAGCAUUUCCUACCUGAAGGACAACGCAACCAUCGAGCUGUUCUUCCUCAACGCCAAGUCCUGCAUCUACAAGGAGCUUAUUGAUGUAGACAGUGAAGUGGUGUUUGAACUGGCUUCCUAUAUUUUACAGGAGGCAAAAGGAGAUUUUUCUAGCAAUGAGGUCGUGAGGAGUGACCUGAAGAAGCUGCCAGCACUGCCCACCCAAGCCCUGAAGGAGCACCCCUCCCUGGCCUACUGUGAAGACAGAGUGAUUGAGCACUAUAAGAAGCUGAAUGGCCAGACAAGAGGUCAAGCUAUCGUGAACUACAUGAGCAUCGUGGAGUCUCUCCCGACCUAUGGAGUUCACUAUUACGCUGUGAAGGACAAGCAGGGAAUACCUUGGUGGCUGGGACUGAGCUACAAAGGAAUCUUCCAGUACGACUACCACGAUAAAGUGAAACCCCGGAAGAUAUUCCAAUGGAGGCAGCUGGAAAACCUGUAUUUCAGAGAAAAGAAGUUCUCCGUGGAAGUUCAUGACCCCCGCAGGGCUUCGGUCACGAGGAGGACAUUCGGGCACAGCGGCAUCGCAGUGCACACGUGGUACGCGUGCGCAGCACUGAUCAAGUCCAUCUGGGCCAUGGCUAUCAGCCAGCACCAGUUCUAUCUGGACCGAAAGCAGAGCAAGUCCAAGAUUCAUGCAGCCCGAAGUCUGAGUGAGAUUGCCAUCGACCUGACCGAGACGGGGACGUUGAAGACCUCCAAGCUGGCCAACAUGGGGAGCAAGGGCAAGAUCAUCAGUGGCAGCAGUGGCAGCCUGCUGUCCUCAGGCUCUCAGGAAUCAGACAGCUCUCAGUCAGCCAAGAAGGACAUGCUGGCCGCCUUGAAAUCCAGGCAAGAGGCGUUAGAAGAGACGCUUCGCCAGAGGCUGGAGGAGCUGAAGAGGCUGUGUCUCCGGGAAGCUGAGCUCACCGGGAAACUCCCUGUGGAGUACCCCCUGGACCCCGGGGAGGAGCCGCCCAUUGUUCGGAGGAGAAUAGGCACAGCCUUCAAGCUGGAUGAGCAGAAGAUCCUGCCCAAAGGAGAGGAGGCCGAGCUGGAACGUCUGGAGCGGGAGUUUGCCAUCCAGUCGCAGAUCACGGAGGCUGCCCGCCGCCUGGCCAGUGACCCCAACGUCAGCAAAAAGCUGAAGAAGCAAAGGAAAACCUCUUAUCUGAACGCACUAAAGAAGCUGCAGGAGAUUGAAAACGCAAUCAAUGAGAACCGCAUCAAGUCUGGGAAGAAGCCCACCCAGAGGGCCUCGCUGGUCAUAGACGAUGGAAACAUCGCCAGUGAAGACAGCUCCCUCUCCGACGCCCUUGUUCUCGAAGAUGAAGACUCGCAGGUCACCAGCACAAUGUCCCCCUUACAGUCCCCUCACAAGGGCCUCCCCCCGCGGCCCGCGCCGCCCCAGUCCCUGGAGGGCCUGCGGCAGAUGCACUUCCACCGCAGCGACUACGACAAGUCGCCCAUCAAGCCCAGGAUGUGGAGCGAGUCCUCGCUGGACGAGCCCUACGAGAAGGCCAAGAAGCGCUCCUCGCACGGCCCCUCCAGGUGA